GGGCAGGCUCAGUGGGGGUUGCUGCAUUGCAGCCUUCAUUUGGAAUCUAAUAUAUUAACAAUGGCGACUUCCAAUCCCAGUAACAGUGGAGGCAGCGGCGGCGGAGCGGGCCCCGGGCUCCCAGGACAGCUCCCCCAGCAUCAGGGCACGGUCAGCAGCAUGCAGGGCCUUCAGAUAAACUUCUGUGACAAUGCGCAAAGUAAACGCAAAGCACUGAAGUUAAAUUUUGCCAAUCCGGCCUUCAAAUCGACGGCAAAGUUCACGCUGAACCCCACAAGUCAGCCUGCCCACCUGUUGCAGAAAACAGACGUGAUGAGGAACUUCGAGACCACCUUCCAAAAACCGGAAGUGCGCCUGGCGGGCGGGAAGCAGUACAGCUCCAAUGAGCAGGCUACGAAAAACCGACUAGAGCGAUUACGAACACACAGCAUCGAGUCUUCAGGAAAGUUGAAGCUUUCGCCGGAGCAGCAUUGGGACUUCACAGCGGAGGACCUGAAGGAUCUGGGCGAGAUCGGCAGAGGCGCGUACGGCUCCGUAAAUAAAAUGAUUCACAAUCCGAGCGGACAGAUUAUGGCCGUCAAGCGGAUACGAUCCACGGUGGACGAGAAGGAGCAGAAGCAGCUUCUGAUGGACCUCGACGUGGUGAUGAGGAGCAGCGACUGUCCGUACAUAGUUCAGUUUUAUGGGGCCCUGUUCAGAGAGGGCGACUGCUGGAUCUGCAUGGAGCUCAUGGCUACCUCGUUCGACAAGUUUUACAAAUAUGUAUAUAGCUCAUUAGAUGACGUUAUUCCCGAGGAGAUUUUAGGAAAAAUAACUUUAGCGACUGUGAAGGCUUUGAACCACUUAAAGGAAAACUUGAAAAUCAUUCACAGAGAUAUCAAACCUUCAAAUAUUCUUCUGGACAGAAACGGGAAUAUUAAGCUUUGUGACUUUGGUAUCAGUGGACAGCUCGUGGACUCCAUCGCCAAGACCAGAGACGCCGGCUGCAGGCCAUACAUGGCGCCGGAAAGGAUAGACCCCAGUGCGUCCAGACAAGGAUACGACGUGCGCUCGGACGUGUGGAGCCUGGGCAUCACGCUGUACGAAUUGGCGACCGGGCGGUUCCCGUACCCCAAGUGGAACAGCGUUUUUGACCAGCUGACGCAGGUGGUGAAGGGGGACCCUCCGCAGCUCUGCAACUCUGACGAGAGGGAGUUCUCCCCCAGUUUUAUCAACUUUGUCAACCUGUGCCUUACAAAGGACGAGUCUAAGAGGCCAAAAUACAGAGAGCUUCUGAAACAUCCUUUCAUCAUGAUGUAUGAAGAUCGAUACGUGGACGUCGCCACUUACGUCAUCAAAAUCCUUGAUCAGAUGCCCACCACCCCCAGCUCCCCCAUGUACGUCGAUUGACCUCGCUGCCGCUUGAAACUCUAGCAAAAGGCAAGAAAAAAAAUAACACAAAAAAAAUUAAAGAUCAAGGAAGGGCUGGGAGCAAAGCGCCCACCGAUGGAGAUGGCGCCGCCACGGCCGGUGUGACUCUUCCCUCUCUCGCUCCGGCACCACGUGCAAUAAGAUCCGUGUUUGUUUCCUCUCUUUCCAUUGUGUCCGUACGCUAAAGUCACAUGUACAUUGCAUCCCGUUCAUCUGCUGGUCGCACAGAGGUCACGUCCGGGGACCGAAACGUUGGCGUCUAUCUGCUCGGACCUGUUCAGUGGGACCCGGUGAGACUGGAACAAAAACCAUCUUCACUGCUGCCCAAACUAAAGGAGGCGUUUGUGAGGGGCGCCCCCGAGGAGUAGAUAGAAGACCUGGCGUCGUCAUCCAACCUUCCCCCUCCCCACCCCACUCUCCCGGAGGCGGGGCAAGGCAAAGAAUAUGAAUUAUAUAUAAAUAUAUAUAUAUUUUUUAUUAUUUUUAAAUAAAAAAGCAAAAAAAUUUUUUUCACAAAGUGCAAUAGGAUAACUGAUUCUCCGCCAGGUGGUCCUGUGACGGUGCAGGUCUGGACACACUUUUAUUUUUGUUUUUUUUCCUUUUUUUUUUUUUUUUCGCCCCCUCUGGCAGAGAAUGUUCUGCUAUA